AUGAAUAGCGCCGUGCGCAGCUUUUUGCUGUCGAGGAUACAGUACGGUUACAGAACCUCCAUUUGCGGCCUAGAGAAGCCCGCCGUGGAGGCGUACCUGAAUCAAACCUUUCCUCACAGACACAUUGUAGUCAAGUUGGAGUGUGUUACCCCGCGAAGACUCACACCAGAGGAGGAGAAUGGGCUCGAGAAGCUCCGAACCGGAAACGAUCCUACAGAGAAGCAGGAGAACAGGAGCGUACUUCACGUCAAAGUGAAUGGGGAUUUUGAUUCGGAGGAGGGACAGCAGGCGAAAGAAAAGGCAUAUCUUCCCUAA